AUGCCCCCCUCCCCACCCGCAUCCCCACUCCCCACAAUCGACAUAUCCCCCUUCCUCCACCCCUCCACCCCAUCCCGCCUCCACUCCACCUCCGCCUCCCUCUCCGCCGCCUGCACCAACCCAGGCUUCUUCUACCUCACAAACCACAACCUCAGCCGCGCCCUCACCUCCCGCGUCCUCGCCCUCGCCCGCGCCUUCUUCCUCCACGCCCCCGCCGCGGAGAAGGAGCGGAUCAGACGGCUCGGCGUCGGGGUCGGGACGGGAGACGGGGCGAGGGGAUACCAGGUCGUGGGCGACAACGUGACGGAGGGGAAGCGGGAUUGGCACGAGGCCAUCGAUUGGUACAGGCCGGUGAGGGAAGGGGAACCGUUCGAGAGCGCCGGCGGCGGGAGGGAGGAUGGCCGCGCGGGUGGUGGUAGGGAAGGGCCGUACGAGCUCCUCAAGGGGGUGAACGCUUGGCCGGCUUACCCGGAAGGGUUCAGGGAGGUGUACGAGGAGUAUGUGGAGAAGAUGUCGGAAUUGGGUACGGCGGUGGUGAAAGCGAUGGGUCUAGCGCUCGGCCACGGCAUGGAAGAGGUGUUUGUGGGGAAUACGAGGAGGAGUGCCUGGGUCAUGAGGGCGAUUGGUUAUCCGCCUUUGCCUGAAGAUGGCACGACGGGCAAAGACGAGGGUGGUGUGUCCUGUGGCGCCCAUUCAGACUACGGCUGCGUGACGCUUCUACUCGCCGACGAGACAGCCGGCGCUUUACAAGCUUGGGUCGAGAGUGAAGGGGAAGAGGGUAGAUGGGUGGACGUUGAUCCAAUGGACGGAGCCCUUGUUGUGAACAUUGGAGAUAUGAUGUCUCGGUGGAGCGGAGGGAAGUGGAAGGCGACGAGACACAGAGUUUUGCAUAGAGGAGGGGGGUAUCGGGUCAGUGUGCCAUUCUUCUUUGAGCCUGAUUGGGAUGCUGGGGUGCCUGGGAAAGAAGGGGAGGAAGAGGUGAUCUAUGGGAAGUAUUUAGAGGGGAAGGUUAAGGGGAACUUUUGA